AUGGGGUGUUUCCUUGGUUGUUUUGGUGGUUCUACUAAAAGAAAACGUCGGAAACCAGCCAACCGGAUUCUCCCUGGACCUGCAGAUUCAAGAUUUGUUAGAUAUGAACCCUUGGAUUCCUCUAAUUAUACAGAUGUUGACAUCCCAGAAGAUUCCCUUGUCUCAAAAUCUCAGCUAAGUUAUAAGCCCAAAAUCAGGAAGAAAGUGAGCUUCAACUUGAAUGUUCAAACCUAUGAGCCGAUUCCGGAUGAAGAAACAACCACGUACCAGUUUUUAAAGAGUGUUGAAGAAGAAGAAUACAAGGCAAAGAAUGGAGGAGAAUCUGUUUCGAGUUCACUGCAGAUGAAUGUUUAUCCAAGCAACUACAGAUACCAAAACUGUAGAGACAGCUUUGAUGAAGAAGAUGAAAUGUUGUGUGAAGAAAGUGAUCUAGAAGAACAAGAAGAAGAAUAUGACGAUGAUGAUGAAUUUGAAUCUCUAAACAUGGAUGAGGACAAGUCCAAGAAUCAAAUGUCAGUUGGCGAUUCAACAGAUGGAAAUGCAAGGAUAAGAAGCCAAUAUAUAUGUUCCGUGCUGAAUCCGGUGGAAAACACGACUCAGUGGAAAGACAUCAAAGCUAGAGCAGCCUACUCGAAGCAGAAGGAGAAUGUUGCAGUAGAGGAAGAACCAGAAUUACAAUCAAAGCCCCUUCUGCAAGACGUAGCAGUGGAUGCUAGCCUCUCCAAUUGGUUGAUUUCACCGAAGAAAAGCAUAUCAGACAGGAGAAGUGGAGAAGAUAGGGUGAUCUUAGAUAUCACCAACCUAUAG